AUGUCACAAACUGUCUUUGUCUCUGGUGCCACAGGCUUUAUUGCCCAACACAUUGUUAAACAAUUGCUUGCAGAAGGCUACAAUGUGAUUGGAUCAGUAAGAUCCGAAGCCAAAGGUGAAGACUUGAAGCAAUUGGCUCAAUCAGACAAGUUCAAGUAUGUUGUCGUUCCCGACAUUAUUAAAGAAGGUGCUUUUGACAAGGCAUUGAUUGAUAACCCUGAAGUUUCCGUUUUUCUUCACACAGCAUCACCCGUUGUUAUCAAGACCACAGAUGUUGAAAAGGAACUUUUGAACCCAGCAGUUGAAGGAACCAAAAAUGCAUUGUUGGCUAUCAAGGCACAUGGUAAGAAUGUCAAGAACGUUGUGGUUACUUCUUCUGUUGUCACAAUGUUUAAUUCCGUAGCUGCACCCGGAUCAGUAAGUGUUAUCAAUGAAGAGUCUUUUAAUCAAGUGACUCGCGAGGACACAUUGAAGAAUCCUGAUGAGUACGGAUACCCAGCAUCAAAAACUUUGGCAGAGCAUGAAGUUUGGAAUUUUGUCAAGCAAGAAAAACCACAAUUCUCAGUUGCCACAAUCCAUCCAACAUAUGUUUUCGGUCCCCAAGCUUAUGAAGUUAAGGACAAAAGUCAGUUGAACUUUUCAAGUGAGGAAAUAAACAAGAUUUUGAAGCUGAAACCUGAUGACAAACUUCCAGCAGGUGCUAACCCAUUUACUGACGUGAGAGACGUUACAAAAGCACAUUUGCUUGCAUUCCAACACCCUGAGAAAUUCAACAACAAGAGAGUAUUGUUGAAGACUGGGUUCUGGACUAAUGAGUUGAUUGCUUACGUUAUCAACGAACAUUUCCCACAACUUUCUGUCCCAAAAGGAAAUAAGGAGAAGAGUGAUGAGCAAUUGAAGAAUGCUCCGCCAUUGGAUGAUACAAAGUCAAGAGAGCUUUUGGGAUUCGAGUAUAUCCCAUUGGAAAAGUCAAUUGUUGAUUCUGUGCAACAAAUUGUGGAAGCCAAGUAA